AUGCCAUCUACCCGUUUAGCGGUCAAUCCGUUAGUCUUUUGUCGUUGCUGGCGGACUUUUGUGCUGUUAUGCUUAACAGUGCUUACGGUCUGCGUUAGCAUAGCAGACGCAGCAGAAAAAGGUGCCUACUUUGGUUGUUAUGAACGCGAUCGUUUUGCUAGGUUGGAACUCACGACGAAAAACCGAGAUGAAUGCGUCGACAACUGUGAGAACAGCUUCUAUAGAUAUGCUGUAUUGUCCGGGCAGCGGUGUAGCUGCACCAACACAAUCCAAACGCGCAUCAUCGAAGAUCGCGAGUGUGAUCUGAAGUGUGGCAAGCAACCAGACGAAAACUGUGGAGGAGUGAAUGCCCAAGCCGUCUAUGAAACGGGUGUUGAUGUUGCUGGACCAGUGCGUAAUUUACGUAUUGAUGGAGAGCAGAAAGAAGACACUGUAGCAAUUCGUUGGGAUCUUCCGGUCGAUGAUGGAGUGAUAAUAGAUGAGUUUGAAAUCGUAGCCGAAGUGACGCGAACGUACGCCAGCUUCCGGAUAUAUCCCGUACGAUGGUCGGUACAUAACGUCUCAACCGGAUUUGAGCUGUCUAACUUACAGCCAGGUACCGAGUAUAACAUAACGGUGGUAUCUGUUUCACCAAAAGGUUCCGGUGGAAGGGCCAGUAUUACGGGUAGCACAGAGAUCGGACGUCCGGAUCCGGAACCCGAAGAGCCUAUCAUUCUGCGCCGUUUUGAAUCGACCAUACAGAUAAAGAUCCCGCGAGCAACAAACGAUAAUGGACCGGUUAAUUACUACCGCGUGGUGGUGCACUAUGUCAAUAGCGAGCUGAUCCAGCAGAUCGACGAGAGUCAGCUGAACACGUUCCAGCAGUCGAAGGAAAACAAAGUACCGUACUAUAUCGCAGCCGAAUUGGAGAUGAAGGAGGACGAAUCAUUACAGUUCACCGUGGGCGAUGGCCGCGAGUAUCGAAGUUAUUUCAAUCCGCCAAUUACGGCACGCACGCACGUCCAUAUAUCGAUCGGUGUUGUGAGCAUCCUCAACCAUGUGGUGAAGGUACGUUACGCCACGACGACACACGAGCAGCAUCAGUACCCAGACCACCAUCAUGUGAAUUUAAAAACGGUCGAAAUUGAACGUAAUGAAACUCUUAUCACGAUCCUGACCACCGCCUGCAUCUUGUUCGGCAUCGUUCUAACGGGGGCCAUAAUUUUGUACGUUUAUUUGCAUUUCAAAACGCCUGCUGCUAACACUCGACCAUUUAGUGACCAUCACGAACUAACGCUGCAAGGUCCCAUACUGGAGGUGGAAAACAACGGUUAUAUGCCGGACAUUUAUGAACAGAGGGGAUUUGAAGCGGAACUCCGCGACAUUAUUGAUGGGAUGGAUGGUUCAAAGAAUCACGCUCGGAAGUACCUUAGUCUGGAUAUUAAUCGUGUACUAGGCAGUGGAAAGUAUGGGGACAUUUUGCUUGGAUCGUUGCAGCGCCAGGAGCAGGAUAUGCCGGCCCAGGUGCAUGUUAUUACGGACGAUAUGGAGAGCGUCGAUCAGAUAGCGUUUUUGAACGAAUUCCGACGGUUAACGGCACUGGCCGAGCACGCCAAUGUGAUCUUGUUUUAUGGUGUUUGCGUUACGCCCGACUGGUGUUAUCUGCUUUUCGAGCAAAUGCAAACAACACUGAAGCAGACGCUACUGAAUGCACGCGUGCCGAUCAAUGCAAACAGUGUAAAGUUUUCGACCGUGUCGGAAGAGAUUGUGGUCAAUAUUCUUUGUCUGGUGUGCGAUGGAAUGCAGUUUUUAGCAGACAAUAAUGUCGUGAGUAAAAAGCUGUGUGCCCGCACUGUGUACGUGAAUACCAAAUUCGAGGUAAAGGUUAGCGCCUUUGGACCACCGCUGUACGCCGAAGAUACGAGCAGUGCGAUAGCGAUCGCACGUUGGCACGCGCCUGAAGUAAUCAAAUUCCAGAACCACUCGACCAAAAGUGACGUCUGGUCGUUUGGGCUGUUGAUCUGGGAGUGUUGCUGUCUCGGUGCUACGCCUUACGGCACCACUACAACGGACAAUCUGUUUGCAGCGAUACGCGCCGGCCAGAAACCAGAACGCCCGAGCUUUAUGUAUGAGGAUCUAUACCAGCUGUGUCUAAACUGCUGGGAUGUCGAUGCUAGCGAUAGGCCAAGCUUUGACGAUUUGCGACGUUACCUACGGCAGACGUUACCGAUGUUGCGGUAUUUGUUGUCGUUUGAGCGCAAACAGAAUGUUCAGCUACCACCGUACUUACCUCACUUGGAAGCAGCAGCAGAAUAA